UAACGGUUUUUUCUGUUAUUAUAUACGCAAAUUGAAAGUAACAUUCUUUUCUUAAAUCAUUGUUCCUUCGUAUAGUUUCUAUCAUCCAGUUAAUAGGAAGAAAAAGUGAGCCGUUUACAUUCUAGUGAUGGAAGAGUGUCCUGUGGACUCAGCGCAUGAGGAACGCAUGACCGAGCUUGGAGAGCGGAUUUCAGAUUUGAUAGCAACGCCUAAACCAUAUAUGGACAGCAUUAAACAACUUGUGUCUUUAGGUAGCAGUUCCAACACUAUUGUGUUCUCACUACUGUUAGGUAUUUUACUUGGUGCAGCUUCUUAUAUUGGAUUCCAAAGGAGAAAGAGAACCAACGAGCCACUGGAUCCCCCGGACCCUCUUCCACUUCCAAUUGGCCCCCUUUUUCCCCUUAUCCCCACACUCCCCCAUGACAAUUUUCAAACCAAAGUUGCACUACCAUCCUUUACCCGCAAUCGACAAUUUCAUUCACCCAUACAUACUCUCUCAUCACAUGACAAAUUACCAAAUGCAAUUCUUUGCUUUUUCAGUUCGUUCAUUAUUUUUUUGCGCCAUUUUACUUAAUCACUUUAAAUAUGUGUAUUUCUUUGAAUAAAAAUCUUUCUUUCUAUACUUUCGACGACUAUGUUCUCUUUUUUUAUUGGUUAGUUUUCACUUUUUUUGUUAUUAACUUUUAACAAAAAUAAUCCUUGCAUUUAUUGUGUAUUUGUAGUAUUUGUGUGUCAAUGUUGCUAUCAAAUUUUGCUUAUUAUCUUUAUUUUUGUUGUGUAUAUUUUUAGUAAAUAUUGUAAAACUAAACUAAAAAUUAUUUAUUUUUGUCAAUUUUGUGGAGAAUUAACAAAUAUAGUCUUUAAAAUUAAUUCUUUUUUUGUUUUGUUGAGUUUUAUGUGUUUAUAUAAUAAUUACUUUGAACAUUUAAUUGUAAUAGUUAAAAAUUAAGUCAUUGAUUAAAUUUUUUUUAUAAUGUUUUCAACGUUUCAAUUAACUAUAUUAAAUUGUCAUUAUAUUUUCUUUAGGAAUUUAAUAAGAAGAUUAUUUUAGAGUAAAAAUGUAUUAUGAAAGCAUGGAAACAUUAUGUAAACAGCAUGUAAUUGAACUUUCUACUACUACUAUCUCAUAAAGUUUAACUGACGUUC